AGCUCUAUAAAAAAGAAAACAGAAAUUGUAAUUUUAGAGGAAAAUGUCGGCCACUAUAUCUGCAUCCAAAAAAAGAAAAUCUACAUUAGACACAACUGCUUCAUAUUCAGUAAAUAAUGCAAAAAAGAAUAAGAUGUCUAAAUUACCCCAAAAUCCAGAUGAUAAAAUACAUGUGAUGAAGAAGAAAGAGCAGGUUGAAGAGUCAGAUACAUCAUCUGAGGAAAGUACUGUUGAAGAAUCUGAAGAUGAAGGUUCAGAUACACAAGAAACUGAAGCUGAUGAAUUAGUAACAGUUAAGCAAGAAUUAUCAAAUAUGUCUUUUGAAGAACUAAUACAGUUGAAAGAGAGACUCGGUUUAAAAGUGUAUAAUCAGGUGGUUCAUGGAGAUAAAGUAAAGAAGCCUACCUGUAAAAGAGUUUUUAAAAGAGAAAACAAGAACAGACCAAUGGAAAUGUCAUCUAAAAGACCAGUGAGGUUAAGCAAAGAAAGUGAUCCAGCUAAGAAGAAGAUGACCAGGGACCCCAGAUUUGAUGAUCUGUCUGGGGAGUACAAUGAGAGCUACUUUAAAUCUAAUUAUUCUUUCCUAUACGAUAUAAAGAGUCGAGAGAAGGAGAAAAUCAAGAAGACUAUGAAAAAAGAAAAAGACCCUGAAAAGAAAGUGGAACUUAAGAUGCUAUACAACAGAAUGGACCAACAAGAACAAUCAGAGAAACAGAAAGACAAAAGGAAAACAUUGGAAAAAGAAUGGAAGAAAAAGGAACAGUCACAAGUCAAGGAAGGAAAGAAGCCAUUUUUCUUAAAGAAAACUGAUCUACGCAAGCUUGAAUUGGCAGAAAAAUACAAGGAGUUGCAGAAGAGUGGAAAACUAGAAAAUUAUCUUAGUAAAAAGAGAAAGAAGACAGCUCAAAAAGAGAAGAAGAAACUUCCAUUAAUGACAUAAUUAUUCUAUUAUAUGCAUAUUAAUUAAACUGUAUGGAAAGCCUAUUUUUGACGCCUACUAUUUGAAUAUAGAAAAAGAAAAGGUGGUUUUAUUGCCAAUGAGAUAACUUUCCACCAGAGACUUAAAGACGUAAUGGUUUGCAACUAAAGGGUCACUGUAACCUUUAAUAAUGACCAAAGUAAUACCUUAUAUCAUGCUAUAAAAGUUCAAAGAAUGAAUGAAAGAACAGCCUGAAUUGUGGACAAUACACAGAAAACAUUUCUGAAUAGUCUGUAUGAACUGUUGUUAGUUGGAUACAUUUAUUUCAGGAACUCAUUCACCAGAAUAAUACUUUUACCUACAAUUGUUCAGAUUUUAUACAUUGUGACUUAGAUGGAGAGUUGUAUCAUUAGCACUGCUAUCAUAU